ACGGAUGGAAUCGUGAGCGACGAGGCCUCAGGAAUUCGGUGCGGCCCCUUUAAGGAUCGUGUCGUCACGGCCCCUUGUCACGGCCCCUCGGCACGUUCAAGAUGGCCGUCGUCGCGCAGCGCAGCGCACUGUGAGCGAGUGUCGAAUAGACAAGAACUCGUCUCUUGAGCGUAAUUAGCAGAAGAAACCAAAGUAACGAAGAAAGAGGCCGACCAGAACUGAGCACCGGUGGCGGCAAUGAAGAGUCUGACGGGUGUAACCAGAGCAUUGAACUUGACCUGCGCAGCUACAGGAAGGUCAGUGCAGCGAGACGAGGAGAGGACGUACGUGGGAAUGCUUCGGCAGGUCAAACGCAACUUGUGCAGCGGUGUUUUGUAUCAGCUGGAGAGGUUUGAUGACAGAGGCCAGAAGGCCACACGGGAGAGAGUUAGUUGCAGUAUCCAGGUAGGAUAUUGCCAUGGCCUGGACCAGGAGUCGUACAGAGCUCAAUGUGUUCUUUAAAUCUGGGUUGGACACCGCAGAGAAAGGGGUACUUGUGAACGCACUUUUACUAGAGCGAGAUCCGGCUCCUCUAAAGUAUGCCUUGCAGAAGAGUGUUUCUGCCUUAAACAGCUGUGCUUUUAUGCGUUCUCGAAUUUUCCUGCAGGAACAGAGGGCUAAGUAGAAUUUCAAGUGCCUCAGAAUGGACGGCUACUUCAGAGCUGCUGUUUGUGACUUGGACAAGCUGUUGGAUGACUUUGAACAGAACACAGAUGAUGUGGAAUGCAGAUCUGCAACACUGACGCUUCCUGUUGGCAUCGUUUCUGACCCUUCGCCAGGAACAGACACCUUUGUUCCCGAAUCAUCAAAUCCAGCAACUACAGCCAACAUCAACUCCUUAUUGUAUGGUUCCUCUGUCAAGUGCUGUGGUCCUCCAAGUUACAAUUAUAAAGACAAUGAGGCAAAAGCAAGGCCUUUCACAGGCGUGGACCUUUUGUCUUCUGUAGACAACAGAACAGCUCAAACACCUCCUUGUCCGGGCAGGGCUUUGAAGCCGGUGUGCGACUUGGUAAAUGAUACUGGCUCUGCUUUGCUUUGGUCCAAUAGGGAUGAUGCCCUGAAGGAACUUGAUAUAAUUGAGAAGCAGCUAGAAGAGCAACUGUUGGUAGACUUUGAUUCUCCGGUUGUUCCUCUGCCUGGAAAUGUGUCUCUGGCAAGUGCUGACAGCACUCUUUGGAAGGAAUCUCCUGUAGAAGUUAGCUUGCUGGAGCAGGACACACACCAGCAUCUAAUUACCAGAGAGCUUCCGUCGUCAUUGGGCCUGCUGGAUAUUUCUUUGCCUGCCGUUGCAGAGAGCGGCAGUGGGCCUCAUGUUGCUGUUUCGACGGGUAACUCGGAUGUCCUGGAAUCUUUAGAGAAUGACAUGGAUCAUUUCUGUAAUGAGAGAACUUCUGAAAUGCCACCCAGCUUUGUGGAAGAGGAAGAGCCUUCAUAUUCUUUGAGAGACGAGACGGUAAGCCAAAGUGGUCAAAGCAGUGGAGAUGAUGAUGGUAAAGAACAAGUUUCAAACAACAAUGCUGAUGUUCUGGAAGCACGUGAACCUCUGCACUGGAAUGAUGACCACUUGGCUCAGGAGUCUGAAAAUGCAAUAUGGCUGGAAUGCUCAGGCGGUGAGAUGGGCAGCUCUCCUCGACAAGAGUCUUCAUUGUCCUGUCUCCCAGUGGCUGUGUCCAUGUGUGGAUCACUUGUGGCAUCCUUGGAAUCUCAGAAGAAAGUGGAGCCCGAGGUCCAGGAAAAUACUGAUCCUGUAUUUCCAGACUCCCAUGUCACAGAGACCAUCACUAUCCCUGAGGUUCAGCAGUGUACUCCUGUAGUGGAUAAACCUGUAAGCCAUGAUAACUUCAGCCCUGCUGAUGCUUUUGGCGAGGAAGUAGAUCGGUCAAUCACAGCAACGGACAGAGGGGUAACAACAUCCUCCCAUUUGGGCGAAAGUCAGGCUUUGUCACUGGAAGGUGACUUAGGUUCAAGGACCCUUGCAGAUGAAGCGGUUUCUCCCAUUGCUGGGGAGAGUCCAAGAACUCCCUUGCCAUACUCAUUUGUAGACAGCAUCUUGUCUGAAAUUGAGAAGGCCGAUACGGUGGUCACCGAUGAGGAACUAGAUGCUUUUUUGAGGGCGCAGCGUGACGACAAUCCCUCUGCCGCGCCAGAGGAAGAAUGCACCGAUGAAGGUUUUUCAGAAUUAAAUGCUGACCUUGUUCCAUCUCAAGAUGGAUUAAUGGAGGGAGAGUGUGAGAAUUACUCAGGGAAACAGGAUAGACUUGCUAUAUUAGACCAUGACCAAAAUUCUCUGACAGGGGAGGAAAGUAGAGACUCUGACUUGUCUCAUUCUCAGGACAUUCAUCAUAGGAGGGCAGAUCUUAUUAAAAAUGUCAGUGAAGAACCUACCAGUCCAGCUGACAGCCAGCAUUCUCACUUUGGGGGGGCAAGACCCAAGCAGUUGUGUGGACAGCCACCAAGGAUGUUGUCCAGCCUCGAAACUCAGGAACAUGGAAGGACUGAGGCGAGGGAUCUUCACAGCGGAAGCUCGGUGGUGAAGAACAACCAGUCCCUUACGGCUCCAGCCACCCUUAAGGAAGCCCCCAGCCACUGUGACAUGAAUUCCAGUUACCCUUGUGAAGAUGACAGUGAGAUUGGUGUUGGCUAUGAUGAGCUUUCUGAGCCGCCACCAUAUCUAGAGGUUCCGGAGAAGGAUAGGGCUGAUCCCUUGACCAAGAACAUAAUACGUGAUGCUGAGGGUCUAGGCCUGAGGCAACCACUCUGGAUGCCAGAUUCUGAGGCUCCAAACUGCAUGAACUGCCUGCAGAAGUUUACGUUCACUAGGAGGAGGCACCACUGUCGAGCUUGUGGCAAGGUGUACUGUGCUGUGUGCUGCAGCAGGAAAUGCAGGUUAAAGUACCUGGAGAAAGAGGCCAGAGUGUGUGUUGCCUGCUAUGAAGCCAUUCGCCAAGCCCAAGCAUUUGAGAGGAUGAUGAGUCCUACAGGCCCCGGCCCCAACCCCAAUGUCCCGUCCGAAUACUGCUCUACCAUCCCUCCCAUGCAACAAGCUCAGGCAGCUGGGACCAUCAACUCACCCCCACCCACCGUCAUGGUGCCCACUUCUGUCCUUAAGCACCCUGGUAUGGAAGGUUUCCCUCGAGAGCAGAGGAGAGUCUGGUUUGCUGAUGGGAUUCUGCCAAAUGGGGAAUUUGCAGACACCACUUGGCUCUCAGUGGGGGGCAGGAGGACCUCCCAAGAGUUGAGUCCUGUGAGCCUGGAGCCCCCAGUGAGUGUCGGCAAGGCAGUGACCCCUGGUGCCUGGUCUGCGGAGGAGCACGCUGAUUUGGAGACGGUUCCGGGGCUCAGGGGGGCUCUGGGUGGAACUGCAGCAGCCCUUGAACUGCCAGGUGGGGCUGAGCGAUCCCCCAUCAGAGGGCCUUGGGAUUACAGCCUCUUGUGCUCCAUCGAUAGCCUUGUGGAGAAGGCCCCCAGCUUGUUACCUGAGGAUGAGGAGGGACUGCCUCCGCUGCUUCUCCUUGCUGGGGAGGAGGAUGGUGGAGAUAUGUUGGUGGAAGAACGUCCUGCACAUAGCCAGGUCCUGCAGCUCCUGGAAGAGGGUGGGCCACGACCUUUGACCUUUGUCCUCAAUGCCAAUCUCUUGAUUAAUGUGAAGCUCAUUACCUACUCUAGAAAGAAGUGCUGGUGCUUCAGCUCCAAUGGGCUGCAGGGAGUCGGCCAGAAGGAGCUCGUGUUUGUCAUCCAGUGCCUCCCCGAGGAGAUGGCGGUACCUCGUGACAUCUUUGCAUUGUACAUCAGCACCUACCGGGAUGCAGAGAGAGGGAACUUUGUGGAGGACUUGGGAAACAUCACUUUCACCGAGAGCUUCUUGGGAAGCAAGGAGCACGGCGGCUUCCUCUUCUUUCGGCCCACCUUUCAGUGCCUGGAGGGCCUCCCGCUGCCUCAUGCUCCCUACCUCUUUGGGGUCCUCAUCCAGAAGCUGGAGGUGCCCUGGGCCAAAGUGUUCCCUCUGCGCCUGUUCCUGCGACUCGGGGUUGAGUACGGCGUGUACCCCAGUGCACUUGUGAGCGUGAGGUACCGCAAGGCUGUCUUCACAGAGAAUGGACACACCAUCAUGAACUUACUUGCUGACCUCAGAAACUACCAGUACAGCCUUUCAGUAGUGGAGGGGCUGCGGAUACACAUGGAGAUGGGCAACGUGUACAUCGACAUCCCCAAGUCCAAGUUCAACGAGAUGCUCAAAGUGCUCAAUUCGUCCAAUGAACAUGUCAUCAGCAUGAGCGCCAGCUUCAGCACGCAAGCGGACUCCCACCUGGUGUGUGUCCAGAAUGAGGAUGGCGCCUAUCACACGCAAGCCAACAGUGUGGCGGGGACCACCCGGAAAGUGACGGGAGCCAGUUUUGUGGUGUUCAAUGGAGCCCUUAAAGCCUCUUCGGGCUUCAUCGCCAAGUCCAGCAUCGUUGAAGACGGCCUCAUGGUCCAGAUUCCACGAGACACCAUGGACGCCCUGCGGCAGGCAUUCCGCGACCAGGCAGACUUCCAGAUACCCUGCGGCAAGGCAGACACGGGAGAGGUUUGGGAAAAGGUCAACGUGCGCUGGGUGGACUGGACACCACCGAGCACCGGUACGCCGAGUCCCGUGGACCACAGGUCUCUGGAAGGAGCCGUCAGUGUCCGAGUGCAGCAGGAGACGGAGUUUGAGGCUGAAGGAAAGACCAUCAAGUGCACCGAAGUGUUUUAUCAUCUCAAGAGCCCUGCGGCUUCCUUCCCGACAACGCUGUCCUCCCACAGCCACUUCCUGGUCGAGAUCGCCACUGCAGGCUGCGCCGCCCUUUGCCCCCACCUUUCCGUUCUCAAGACCAGUGGAAUCAACUGUCUUGGCCUGCGCGUCUCCGUGGAUGCAGACAUGGUGGAGUACCAGGCUGGUUCUGGAGGCUCUCUCCUGCCCCAGAGGUACAUGAAUGAGCUGGACAGCGCCCUUAUACCAGUCAUCCACGGCGGCAGCUCCAGCAUCCCCCAGCAGCCUAUGGACUUGGAGUUUAUCUUCUACAUCACAGAGGGGCUCUGCUGAUGCAGGGAAACGUCGAGCGUCCGGGAGCAGGUCUCGUUCGGGAUGCCGUGCUGCCACAUCUAGGAACCAAAGAGUGGAACAUCCUCCCUGCUCUUGCAUCGGCUUUCGUUUUUCGCUUUCACUUGUCCUGUUCCAAGGCACAAAGCCUGGGUUCGUCGUUCACCUCUCGUGUGUCUCGCUCAAGUGCUCAGUUGCUACUGAUGGUUGCGAGACCACGGUCUUCAGGGUCAUGAGCCCAUUGCUGGGCAAGUGAGGGGAAUGUGCCACUUGGCUCUCGUUCGCAGUUUCGUAAAGCGCGCAGCCUCGGGUUUGCCCCGCAACUGGAAGAGCUGAUAGAAGUCUGAAAGCAGUGCGUUUCGAGCCAAUAUGUAAACCGCAUCUCGUCUUUCUGCUGCCGAGUUGGAGCCCUUUGAAAGUCAUUUGAAAAUGAAGAUCACUUAUGUUGAGUGUUUGAAAUGUCUUCAUGUAAGCCUAUAACUUUAGAUAUAUAAGAAUGUGGACACACAAUAUUAAUCACUUUUUUUUUUUUUGUCCAUAAACUAAAGCUCUUGGUAUACCGUGUAAUUUAGCAGUGAUAAUCGUUCUGUAAAUACGCCGAUGGUCCGUCUUUUAAUAGAACCAAUUUUUGGAAGAGUUGUGUGCUUGAAAACUAAUAUUUUUGAUAGGACAAACCGCUUUGCAGUCGUGGCAGGAAUAGCCCCAUAGGAGGGUGAGUUACAUGACAACUUAAGACACUAAUUGUGGUACAUAGGUCACUUUACCUCAGUGAACAUGCAGGAAAACAGGGGAACCUGAUUGUUUUUGGCACUAAGACUCUCUUUCCGUGAGGCAGGAGGAGACCGAAGGGGUUGUUUCAUGAUGGAUGAGUUCACUGGAGUUUCACCAGACUUUUCAUUCACUCAAGCACUUUGUGUGACUGACCCUCAGUGGUAUUUUAUUUCUUUUAAGUCACUGAUUUAUAUUCAGCCAGUUGUGCUGCAAACCCAUUUUUACAUUGACGCUGAGCUUCGCCGUAUUCCUAAAGCAAUGCUGGAGAACAGACAUUUAGCUUUCACACUUGAGCUGAACUAGUGCUACACAGGUCAGAUCAGUUCGCCAGAGAUGUCGCCGACUUGUUCGCCGCAUUUUCGUUUCGGCCCAAUUCAGUAGUAUAAUGGUGCCGGGUUUCUGUCGCAGAGCAACUUGUGUGUAAAUACAGCAUGAAACCCUGAGCUGCACUUGAGCUGCACUUCACCGCAUUGCCAGUUAUAAACAUGUUCCUCACGUUGUCUCCACGUGAAAGCCUCUCUCUCUAUCUUCGUUGUCCUUCGCAGGUCCGUCUGUCACUGAAAUACUGUGUUCUUUCGCUCCGUUAUUUGAGAGCAGCGUUGGGCGUUUUAGGAACUCGCUGUACUUUCCAAGGUGGACUUGUGCUCUUAUAAACUGCACAACAUUAUAGGCUGCAGGGAACUGCCCCCCCCCCCCAACACACUACCCCUCCAGCACCAGAGUCGUCAGACGCAGCCAGUAGAUCUUCUGCGUCUCUAUGCACUCCAGUCACGCUCGCUGAGCUCUUACUCCAUUGUUGGUUAGAAUGAAAUCAUUGGUUGUAUGUGCCUAAUAUGCAACCACUCUUGGAGCAUUUACAGUGUUUGCAGUGUAAAAAGUUCUGCAUGUCACUACAAAAAUGGCUUUAAGUAAAAGUUCUAAUAUGGAGAUUUUCAAACUGAAGAGUACAAACCUGGACUGUGGAAGUUUUAAAAUCCAUUGGAAAGUUGGUUUCUUCACUAGCAUUUUUAAUAAUGCUGCUGUUAAAUCUUUUUGGAGGAUUUGAAUAUUUUCUCAGUUUUCAAGAGGAAAUUGCAACUUAUGGUAAUGUCAGUCAUAGUGAAAAUGUAUUUUUAUGCUUUUUAACCUUUUGUCUACUGUGUAUCUACCUACAUAUGAUUAUUAAAACCAACAACUUUGAUAAUGCGGGUAUUUGGGAACUGAGCGUCUUCCUACAAUAUAAAUUUGUAUAGCUGUAACGAGAAAAUUAUACUAAUUUGUAUGCCAUAUCUAUUUUCAUAUUGCUAUAUGCCAUUUAGUGUUAUCGGCUCACACACCUUUUCACCAAGGUGACUUGCACUGCUUGACACGCUACUUACAAGGGUCACUCAUCCAUA